AUGGACCACCAUUCAGCGCCGCGCCGACAAUCGUCCACGAUAGCUCACAUGGACGAGGAUAUGAUGGCUCAAAUGGGGUUCGGUGGCUUCGGGAAGCAGAGCAAAAAGCACGAGCUCAAGGCCGACCGGUUCGACAAGGCGAAGCGCACGGAUGCAAAAAAUGAGGCGUCGUCUACGCCUCCCCCAACGUCAAUGCCGCCUCCUCCGGUACCCGCAAGGUCCGAGUCCGCCUUGUCAGACCCAGCAUCGGCGCUUGGCGUAGAAGCCGAACCCGAGUACGACCCGGACGAUGACGACGACAUGGGUCCUCAGCCGGGCGACGACCUGCCUCAAUUCCCGAUAACGCACGAGCUUACGCUCAAAGACCACAACAAGGUCGUGAGUGCCCUCGCCCUCGACCCCUCGGGUGCCCGCGUCCUCUCGGGAUCCCACGACUACGACUGUAAGCUCUGGGACUUCGGUGGUAUGGAUGCUCGUGGAAAGCCAUUCAAGACUUGGGAACCGAGUGGCUCUUAUUAUAUACAUGAUCUCAAGUACGCGCCCGACGGGCAUAGAUUCCUCGUCAUUUCUGGCACCACGCAACCAAAGAUGUAUGACCGCGACGGAGAGGAGCUGGCUACUUUCAUCAAGGGAGAUAUGUACAUUCGUGACAUGAAGAAUACUGCGGGACAUGUGGCCGAGCUGUCGUCCUGCGCCUGGCAUCCGCGCGAACCCAAUACCUUCAUCACGGGCUCUGCUGACUCUACGGUCCGCAUCUGGGAUACCGAGAACAAGCGCAAGCAGAAGACUGUCAUCGUCGUCAAGUCCAAAGAACGUGGCGCGCGCACCAAGGUCGCGGCAGUUGCCUACUCGCCCGACGGUUCGCUCAUUGCGGCCGCAUGCGUUGAUGGCGCUUUGCACCUGUGGAAGACGAACAGCAACUUCGUGCGUCCGGACAGUACAGUGGAAGGCGGCCAUGCGAGGGGUACGGAGACUGGCAGUAUCUGCUUCUCCGUUGACGGAUCUACGUUACUGUCGCGAGGUGGACCGGGCGACGACACCAUCAAGCUGUGGGACGUCAGCAAGGGCAAGCUUGUGAAGAAACCCAUAGCUGUCCGCGCGAACGUCGUCUCAUUGUAUCCGACGACGAACGCGAUUUUCAGCCCGGACAACCGCUUCGUCGUUGCCGGAGCUGGUGCGGAGGUGAAAGGCGGCAAGGGUCGUCUGCUCUUCCUGCGCAGGGAAGACCUGGCAGUCGAGCAGGAGCUCGAGCUCGAGGCAACGCCCGUAGUCGUACAGUGGCAUGCCCGGAUCAAUCAGCUUGUCGUGGGUCUGACGAACGGGCAGAUAUCGGUGCUGUACAGCGCAGCGACGAGCAUCAACGGUGCGAAGCUCCUUGCAAACAAGGGUCCGGCACGCAAGAUUACGAUCGAGGACAUGAGCGAUGCCCUGGCGGCGCCGACGAUUCUUACGCCGCAUGCGCUGCCCAUGUUCAGGGACGGCGAGGAUGGGAUUGCGAGGGGCACGAAGCGGCGGCGGGAGAAGGAGCGGGCAGACCCGCGCAAGAGCCGGCGGCCGGAGAUGCCGGUCACAGGUCCAGGUCGGGGAGGGCGCGUCGGUGCGAGCGCUACACAGCACGUCGUGCAGAACUUGGUCCGCGACACGACGCGCGAUGAGGACCCGCGCGAAGCGUUGCUCAAGUAUGCAGAACAAGGAGAGAGGGACCCUCAGUGGACGGCAGCCUGGAAGCAGAACCAGCCGAAGCCUGUGUUCGCGCCUGCCGAGGAGGACGAGAAGGAGAAGGAGUAG